GCAGCACUGCAAUAUCCAUCGAUUCGGCACCGGAGAUUAUCCAUCUGCAUUCUCGCAAGACUGGUGGCACCUGUACAUAUUUAGCCAUUUCAGCUGUGUAAUAAAAGCAAUCAUGUCCAUGGGAAGUGACUUUGGGAACCCUUUACGGAAAUUCAAACUUGUUUUUUUAGGAGAGCAAAGCGUUGGAAAAACAUCGCUGAUAACAAGGUUUAUGUAUGACAGUUUUGACAACACUUAUCAGGCAACCAUUGGAAUUGACUUUUUAUCAAAAACCAUGUAUCUGGAGGACCGAACUGUGAGGUUACAGCUAUGGGACACUGCGGGGCAGGAGCGCUUUAGGAGUCUCAUCCCGAGCUACAUAAGAGACUCCACAGUGGCUGUGGUGGUUUAUGAUAUCACAAAUGUCAAUUCAUUCCAACUAACCUCCAAAUGGAUUGAUGAUGUCAGAACAGAGAGAGGAAGUGAUGUAAUUAUCAUGCUGGUGGGCAAUAAAACAGACCUAGAGGAAAAGAGGCAAAUCACUAUAGAGGAGGGGGAGCAGAGGGCCAAGGAGUUGAAUGUGAUGUUUAUUGAGACUAGUGCAAAGACUGGCAAUAACGUUAAACAGUUGUUUCGACGAGUGGCUGCUGCUUUGCCUGGAAUGGAGAGCUUGGAUGAAAACAACAAAGAAGGCAUGAUCGACAUUAAACUGGACAAACAACCAGAACCUCCGGCCACUGAAAGCGGGUGUUCCUGUUAGUAGAAAGCAGUAUGGACCUUCAUUUACACCACACGCUUGUUCUGUUGCUUCCUAUGAGUCCACAUCCAGUGGAAAUUUAUGAUCAGAUUUAGGCUUUUUACAUCUAUCUGAAUUGGUCUAAAAUUAUACUCUUCAGCAAGAAUAGAAAAACAUCACAUUGUCAGUUUAAUUGCCAAAAUAAUUUCAUAGGUCAUUUAAAAAAGUGACUAACAGAUUCAUAUAAGACAGGAAAUGGCAUGUGUACCAUCAUUGGACAAAAACUCAAGAUUGGUUCAGUUGUUAUGUUUUGUAUUUUUGUACAUUACAAAAGUACUAAAUGAUGCCUUCACAAAAAUUAGCUUAACAAUUAAGAGAGAUGUCAGAAUAAAUGGCCUUCUUAAUCGUCUACAGUAUGCAUGUAUGACAACUUUUAGAAUCUGUCACGUCUUUUGGUCCUUACACAUUAAUAGUAAAGUAACAAGAACUCAGAUAAAAAAAAAGAAAGAUCCUGUGAAAAGUCUUAGUGUGGGUCUGUGUAUACAUCCUACAUGCUAAUCCAGUACCAUGCCUCACUGAUAGGUGUGUGUACUAUCCGGCUAACCUUUAAAGUGCCGUGGCACUGUUGCAAAAAACUAAUGGAAUUUUCUGCUCGCUUAAAGUAUACACUUUAGAUCCGCUAGGCGGUACUGUAUUGUAUAUAGUAUUUAUAUUAUUGUGAACAUCCAUCAUUUAGACGUGGUUUAUGUUCACUUGUACAAAUGUUGUUUUGUUUUUCUUUUUUAUAUGACAAGGGCUUCACUUUUCAUUUCUCUCUCUCACCUGUAGCCAUACAUUGGUAGUCAAAUAUUACAUAUGAUUUGGGCUUUUUGCUCAUGCCUUAUACAGAUUUACUGAUCUACUAGCAUCAUUUCAUUUUAAGAGAUACUUUAUAUGAAGGCCUAGUAUUACUCCUGUUACACCUCUAAAAAAUGUAUAAGGACGUUUUCCAUAAAUAUGCAGGUUGAUUUUAUUUUGCAGCCAACUAGAACAAAGAUUAAGAGAUAAAGUGUCAUUCAAUAGAUUAAGGAGAGGAAAGUACAUUUGUUGGUGAGCCUUAGAAAAUACAUGUACUUUGUUCUGGGUUCUGACAAGGAAAUGUAUUGUUUUGCUUGCAAAUGAUUGUCAUUUAUCCAUCAAAUAUCCUGUGUAGUAAAGCUCUCAUACUCUCUGACACAUGUCGAAUGGAUGUGUAGAUUGAAAUUCGAAAUGCUUGUUGGAGGUGAUCACUUUCGUCUCUGAGAAUCCUGCAAAAUGUACUGUAUCUAGCUAAUGUCUUAAGCUCCAAAGUGAAGACAUUUCUUGAAUAGCACUGAACUGAGAGAAAAUUUACUGCAGUAUUGUGCCUGUAGUCCACUUAAAACAUUCAGGUUAUUGCAACAGUACGUUAAAGGAAUGUGAGUUGUUUAUGAGUCUGUAUAAAGUAGUAUCUAUAAUCUUUAAUGUUAUUUGUUUUGUUUGUUUUAUAUUUUAAAUUGUGGUGACAUUUUACAAUGAGGUUCGAUUCUUUAACAUUAGUUAAUGCAUUUGGUAUCAUGAACUAACAAUGAAUGAUAUAUUUUUUACAGCAUUUAUUAAUCUUUGUUGAUGUUAGUUUACAAAAAUACAAUUGUUCAUUGUUAGUAUUGGUUCAUAGUGCAUUAACUAAUGUUAACAUAUACAACUUGAUUUUAAAAAUGUAUUAAUGUAUGUGUUGAAAUUGACAUUAACCAAGAUUAAUAAAUGCUGUAAAAGUAUUGCUCAUUGUUACUUCAUAUUAACUAAUGUUGUUAACAAAUGGAACCUUAUUGAAUAGUGUUACCAAAAUUGUUUACAUUAAUGCACUGAUUAACACCAUUGACUUUAUAGAGAUUGUUGAAUUAAUUUAGUAUAUUGGAUAUAGUAGGCAUAUAUAAUAUAUUUAAUUUUAGUCAGAUUUCUUCUGGUGCCAAUAAUUCUAUUAAUUCGAACAAAAAUGGGCAUUUUUAGUUGGACAUGAGGAAUUACUGUGACUGAUUUGUUGGUAUUUAGAGCUGACUUGAGCAUUUCUCUGAUGUAUACAGCAGAUAAUUGAAGGGACCACGUUGAGGAGGGAUGAUUGUGCAUUGACCAGGGCACAGAGUAUGUCAUCUUUCACAUUUCACAUUCACAUUUCUCAAUCCUCCGUUUCCUCUGUUGUUUCGACAUCUUUCACUUUUGUACACUAGUUGUGCCUUCUGUUAUUGUGACAUCACAAUACAAAGCUUUCAUUGUAUGGCUACCUGAGAACACAUAUGUAAUAGACAGAUGGCAACUGAUGGAUUUAUGAUGUUCUGUGAUUAAAUGAUUCCUUUAAUAAAAUAUUGUAUUCACAUCACAACAUCCAGCCAAUUCACAGUGGUUAAAAAGAACUACAGAACAGUCAUGUAAGGGGAAGAAUGAAUGUAGGAACAGGACGUUGCUAUUGAAAGCGCAUGAGGGGAUUGAAUCUGUCAAAGUGGUUGCCAUAGGUUUGUGUAGAGCAGUGUAGUUGACUCAUUAUUCACUAUGUAAGGACAUUUAUGAGCAUGACAUCUGUCUGAAAAAAAUAUCAAUAAAAUCCAUGUCUUAA